AUGUAUACUCACAGGAGCAGUGGGCGUCUAGAACACAUGCAUGUCGAUGCGGCAUCUCCAUUGGUGGCAGUGGCCAUUGACAAGGACAAAGGAAGCCAGAAUGCUCUGAAAUGGGCAGCAGAAAACCUUGUCACCAGAGGCCACACCCUCACCCUCAUCCACGUCAACGUUAGGAGCCACUCAACUUCGAGCCGAAAGAAUGCCGGUGGUUGCAUAGAACCAAUGGAUCAUCAUACAAAAGAACUCUUCCUUCCAUUUCGCUGUUUCUGCACACGUAAAAAUUUACAUUACAAGGAUGUGGUUCUGGGAGGUCAUGAUGUAGCUAAGACUAUAACCGAAUUCGUUUCACAUGCUGCCAUAGAGAAGCUGGUAGUUGGUGCUCCAUCAAAGGGUGGACUUAUGAGGAGAUUCAAACAUCACGACAUCACCACCAAUAUCACAAAGGGGGCACCUGAUUUCUGCACCGUUUAUGUAAUAGCCAAAGGGAAAGUAUCAGCCAUGAAGAAUGCCACACGACUAGCUCCAAUUGUUUCUCCUCUUCGUGAUCAAAUUCAAAGCCAAGUGAGCCUCAAGCCUAAUGCAAUGUCUCAUCACUUCUUGCUUGGUUCAGAAGCGACAAGCGACGUAGCUUCUGACACUCACAGCCUGCAUCAUGAAGAUUCGAUCAAGUCGCCAUAUGCCAAGGUGCUGCGGGGUUCCAGCACAAAGUCAUAUGCGGAUACUUCAUUCACUGACACUGACAUAUCAUUUGUGAGCUCGGACACUGAUAUAUCAUUUGUCAGCUCUGGAAGGCCAAGCAAUGAACGUAGUUUAGCUCUAAGGUUAUCAAGUGGAUCAGAAGGUAUUGAUAACAGCUUUGAGAUGGUGCGAACAUCACAUAAGUCGGUGGAUCCAUACUUAACCAGAAACGAGGGUAGUACUGGAACAUCAUGGUCAUCACAGACCAUGGAAGAUGUAGAAGAAGAAAUGAAGAGGCUGAGGCUAGAACUCAAGCAUACUAUGGACAUGUACAACAAAGCGUGCAAAGAAGCACUCACAGCUAAACAAAAGGCGAUGGAGCUCCAGCGUUGGAAAAUAGAGGAGGAGAAGAGGUUAUAUGAAGCACAUAUGGCAGAGGAAGCUGCCAUGGCUUCGGUGGAGAGAGAAAGAGCUAAGUGUAGGGCAGCAAUAGAAGCAGCUCAAGCUGAGCACAGGCUAGCAGAGCUAGAAGCACAAAAGAGAAUAGAUGCAGAAAUGAAAGCAAUUAAAGAGGCAGAGGUGAUGAAGAAAGCACUAGAUUCCUUGGCACAUGCAGAUGUGAGGUACAGAAAGUAUGCAAUUGAGGAAAUAGAAGCUGCCACAGAGUACUUUGCAGAUCAUCAUAAAAUUGGAGAGGGUGGUUAUGGUUCUGUCUAUAAAUGUUAUCUGGAUCAUACGGCAGUUGCCGUUAAGGUUCUACGUCCAGAUGCAGCUCAAAGCAGGUCACAGUUUCAUCAGGAGGUUGAAAUACUGAGCUGCAUUAGGCAUCCAAACAUGGUUCUGCUUCUAGGUGCCUGCCCGGAGUAUGGCUGUCUUGUGUAUGAAUAUAUGGCUAAUGGAAGCUUGGAGGACCGCCUUUUCCGGAGAGGAAACACACCUGUAAUUCCCUGGCAAUAUAGGUUUCAAAUUGUUGCUGAGAUUGCCACAUGCCUCCUCUUCUUACACCACAAGAAGCCAGAGCCACUUGUUCACCAAGACCUCAAGCCUGGAAACAUCCUUCUUGACAAAUACUAUGUGAGCAAGAUCAGUGAUGUUGGUCUAGCCCGGCUUGUUCCCCCAUCAGUUGCAAACAGUGUCACACAGUACCGCAUGACCUCCACAGCUGGAACAUUCUACUAUAUUGAUCCCGAGUACCAGCAGACAGGCAUGCUUGGUGUGAAGUCUGACAUAUACUCUCUUGGAAUUCUGCUGUUGCAGAUUAUAACAGCAAAGCCUCCCGCAGGGCUAACACGCCAUGUGAGCCAUUCAAUUGAAAAAGGAACAUUUGAUGAAAUGUUAGAUGCAGAGGUAACUGACUGGCCAGUUGAGGAGGCUCAGCGCCUUGCUGAAAUAGCACUCAAGUGCACAGAGCUGAGAAGGAAGGAUCGACCAGAUCUUGAAAGAGUUGUGUUGCCAGAACUAGAGAGGCUAAGAUCUCUUGCAGAAGAUAACAUGCUUUAUUCCACCAUGCCAAGCAGUACUCGUAGUCAUAGUCCAUCCAUCCAUAGUCGAGUUUCCCCACAGGAUAUUGUCAGCGAUUCACUAAUGACACAAUCUGGUUAUGAAAGUUCAAGUGAAUCGUCCGCAACAGGACGAUGAUCAAAUGUUGCAUGAGAAGAUGGGUGAUAACAUGACUUAUCUGUAGUUCCCACCACAAUGAUU